AUGGUACAAGCAGUACGAGAAGUCAGCCGUAUAGUAGGAACCACUACUUUCCUAGACCUAUAUGUCAAGCUCGCGCGAAUUCCAGGAAAGGCCAAUCCGGCAUUUGAGGCAAUAGCACGAAUGAGGAUUCACGAAGAUCUUCGAGAAGCGGGAGGAGACACUACGCUUAUCGACCUCGCCUAUGGAGCGACCAAUCUCGGAUGUAUGACGGAAGAAGAGGCAGCGCAAGUGGAAGAAGUCCCAGUCAUCGACACGGUCACAAUCCACGGUCGCCUUCUACACCUCACCAACAACCAACAAGAAGCCCUGGUACUAGGGAAUAGCAGAUACCCAUUAAUCGCGCUGCAAGCAGCCUUUGGACCUGGGAAAACAGUAGUCGGCGCUAGCAUAGCCAUAUAUCAGGCACAACAAGGGCAGAGGGUCAUCGUCACCGCCUCGACGGAAACGGCCAUAGCGCAGUUCACAAAUACCCUGCUAGGAUUUGCCCAGGCCAAUGAUGUCGGAGUGGUCCGGUUUGUCGCCGAGACAAUAGCGUUUGACACUGACGUCCCAUCAACACAAGUCGACCUCAACGAAGUUCUCAAACGCAUUAGCACAGUCUACGCACCGGUCCUCUCGCGCUCAGAAAGGGAAACGUGCAGACGCUUCGCAGAAGGCAGGAUUUUGCCGGCAUUUGCAGUCCACGAGUGUCCGGAUGGUUUCUUCACUCGUGAAAAAUGUUAUCUGGACCAACCAAGUGGAGAUAAUCUUAUCAGAGGAAUUAAGAAAUAUUGCAAUGAUACAAGCAAGUCAGAAGGCAAAUCUCCGAAACUGACUUAUCAUGCCAAAAAGCUUUCGCUCCGUGAAAGACUCGAUCACAUUUACAGCAGCUGGAACGGCAGAUGGGUUGACGGUACUUGGGGACUCGAGAUGGAUUUCAACGGACAAAAUUGGUUUGCCAUAGGAAGGGACCUUGCAGAAAAUGCUCAACGUACCUAUAAACGGAUGGAAAUCUGCACGGUAAGAUAA